AUGAAAGAAGAGAUAGCCGCCGCUGUGUUUUUCAUUGCCCGGCUGGUAAAGAGAUACAGCGGUCUAGAUGGGGACGGUAGGAGGCGCUUCGCAGCCGCUCUGACGUCAUUGCUGUUUGAGACUUAUAAAAACCACUGGGAGCCCAGCACACCAUGCAAAGGACAGGCGUACAGGUGUCUGCGAAUGAACCGAGUCAUGCUGAGGGACCCGGUGUUGGAGCUGGCCUGUGUCCGGAGCGGCGUGCGAUACGAGGGCCUGGGCCUGCCACGGGAGCUCACCCUGUGGGUGGACCCAGGGGAAGUGUCCUGCAGAUAUGGCGAGAACACGGCUCCGUUCUGCGUAUCGCUGCUGAGUGGCGACAACCGCAGUGACCGGGAGUUCUCUCACCGCAUCCAGCGUGCGGUGGAGCGGGCCAGCCUGGACGUCCCCUCGGGGGCCUCCUCGGACGACGAGGAAGACGUCUCGUGCGGAGACACCAGCCGGAGCAGCAGCAGCUGCAGCAGCAGCAACCCAUCGGUGUCCCUCCAUCUCCCUGCGUCCGCCCCCCUCUCCCGACCAGAGCAGAAGACGAUCCCGACCGUCAGCAACCCCAACAGUAUCUACCAGUUCAACGAGUUUGCCACUAGCGUGCCCCAGCCCUGGGUCAACUACCCCAAGAGGAAGGCUUUUACCGGGGACGGAUUUCCGCCUCACUUCCCUACUGCUGCUGCUCUUCCUCCUCCGGGCCCCCAGUUCCAUGGGCAGAAGGCGUUUAGGUCACAUCGACCAAGUUUCUCCUUUUCUGGCCCUCGUGUUGACAAGUACCAUUGGGUGAGCAAGUCCCGCUCAUAGACUUGGACCACAUCCAGAACCUGGAGAGCUUAAUUUGUUCAAAGGUGCCGAAAAUCACUGUAGUCAGCUGCUCGUGACCUUGAAAGAAGAAUUAUUAAUUAUUAUUAUAUGAAUUAAGAAUUACGGAACUUUUUUACAGGAUAAAAGAACGUUACGAUCUGACACAAAAUGAUUGUGUCUUGACGGUUGUAUUUUUAAAGGAUAACUGUUGAAUGAUUUAAAUUGUGAAGAUUAUGCUUUAAAGUGAUGCUGCUUAAGCAUGUUUUAAAAGUUUCAACUAUUUUAAAUAAAACAUAACUUCUAAAUGUAUUUUCAAGUAAUCUAAAUGUGUAUCAGAUGUAAAUAAACGGUUGACAAGAAAUGUCCGGCCUGUG